CUUCCAUCUUCGAGCAGAAUUAUGAAGGUUCUCUUGACGGGUGCCACAGGCGUCGCCGGGCUCGCAACCCUCAGGGCCCUGCUCAAAGACCCCUCUGUGUCUCACGUCACAGUCCUAGCGCGCCGCCCGCUCCCCGCCUGGGUGAAACUGCCCGGCAGCCCGCCCGCAUCGUCGCCCGACUCACCCCCGACGCACCCGAAGCUCACCGCCUUGACCCAGCCGUCGUUCCUGUCGUACCCGCCAGACCUGCUCCCCACGCUCGCCGAGCACGACGCCUGCAUCUGGGCCCUCGGCACGGCCUCGCGCAGCGUCUCCGAAUCGGAAUACGUCGAGAUCACCGAGGGCUACCUGAACGCGUUCUUAGGGGCGCUGGAGGAGGCAAAGGUGGGCAGCGGCGAGAAGCCGUUCAGGUUCGUGUUCGUGAGCGGCAACGGGGCAGACUCGAAGGGCAAGAGCAUGAUCUUGUUCGCUAGGUCGAAGGGCCGUGCAGAGAACGCGCUGUUUGCUUUCGCCGAUGGCUCGUCAGGAAAGGUCAAGGCGUCUGUCCUCCGACCUGCCUAUUUCUUCCCAUCGCCAGAGCAUCCAGAGGACGCACAGCAUCAGCGAGGGGCGACGGCGCGCUUCAUGCACACUGUACUGUCGCCGGUGUUUUCAGCAAUGUCUAUGAUCACGCCCGUCGAGAACCUUGCCGAAUUUGCGAUUCAGGCGGCCAAAGGGAUGUGGGAGGAUAAGGGCAGGCUCUUUGAAAAUGGGGAGAUGAACAAGUUGGUAGAGCAAGCCCGCGAAAAAGCCUAGACAUCUGCUUACCUCCCUUUUGAUCCCUCUCAAAUUCGCGAGAACGUACCAUAUAAUAAUAAUUUAUUCUCUGCCCUGGGCU